CGGAACUAUUUCAAUGUAACUCAACUAUGGCAGCUGUGGCGAAGAAACAUGUGCAGACGCCGGACGAGGAGGAGCCUCAGUCUGAGGACAUCGAUGACCAGAGUGGCUCUGAUGGAGGAAGCAUUGAUGAUGGGUCAGGUGACGAAGAGAGUGCUGGUGAGGAGGCUGAGGACGAAGACGGAGGAGAAGGAGACGAAGAAGAAGAAGAAGAAGAAGAAGACGACGACGACGUGGAGGAUGAUGAAUCAAAUGCCAACGCCGGCUGGGCAGAGGCCAUGGCAAAGAUCCUGGGGAAGAAAACAACAGAGAGCAAAAGCAGCAUCCUCAUUAAGAACAAAGAGAUGGACAAAGUAAAGGAGCGAGAGCGAGAGGAGCAACUGGAGAGAAAGAAAGUGGUUGAUAAGAGGCGUACAUGGGAGAUGAUGAACAGAGUGAAACCUGACAUAGGGAAGGACCGAGAGACGGAGAAAGGUCUACAGAGGAUUGCUACCAGAGGGGUGGUGCAGCUGUUCAACGCUGUGAAGAAACAUCAGAAGACUGUCGACGACAAGCUGAAAGAAGUAGGAGGCUCAGAGAGGAAGAAAGCCAAGAUUCUUUCUUCUGUAUCCAAGAGAGAUUUCAUCGAUGUGCUGAGGAGGACGGAGGGAGGCAGCAGCAAGACUGAAAAGAACACUGCUGCUGUGGAGGAGGAGGAGAAACCUGCCUGGAGUGUCCUCAGAGACGACUUCAUGAUGGGAGCCACCAUGAAAGACUGGGACAAAGACAGCGAUGGAGAAACGGAACCACACACAGGAGACGGAGCAGAAGAAAGUGAUUCAGACUGAUCAGACCUUCUAUUCACUGAAGGGACUGUGAUGAGAAGGUCUUCAUGGACAGUGUGGGGGGGAAGGAACCCUGAGGAAGAUGGACACAAUACAGAAAGGGUCCUUUACUGAUUGUACUCACAAGAAAAACAUUUUUUUAAUACAUGUCACAUUCCUGUUUCUGCUUUUGUGUGAAAACGGGGACGUAACAGAUGAGAGUGGAUGAAAUGAAAGAAGCUCCUCAGUGUGGAGCUCCUGCCUCCAUCACAGAGUAAGCAUCGGUUUUUACUCUUUACUGUUGUGUAAAUAGAAAUGCUUUGUACAGUGCUGGUUGAAUAAACAGCCAAGUCAUUUAUCA